AGGCCCAGAAUCAACCCAAAUAGUAGUCGGGGAAGCCGUGACAUUGUCAUGUGGUAUACCUGCCAGCUUCCCACCGGCCAAGGUCACCAUGUUCAGAAACAGAGUUGGGGAGGAACCAGAGUUGAUAGAAAAUACUGCCGGCUACCAGGUGCGACACGAUGACACCCACCUAGAGCUGGUAAUAGAAAGUGCAACACAAGAGGACGCCGGGGAUUACUACUGUACUUCUGUUAACGAGAUAAUGGUAGAAGGCACAUUCCCUUUCCAACCUCACCAGAGUGUUUCAGGGGAACUAAGUGUUGAGGUGAUACAACCCAGUGCCUUCGUAGUCCCCAACACUCACGUGACCGGGGAGAUAGGGUCCUCUGUUGUAGUGGAGGUGUCUGCUGUGGCUGUCCCUGCCCCCACAGCACUGUGGGUACGAUCUGCUCAGGGUGAAGAGUUCGAGCCAGUCAACGAGGGGUCUUCUAGCAGAAUAGAGACAAGACUGGACCACAAUGAUUACAGAUACAACUACUCUUUAAGUGUCGAUAACCUGAGUUUAGCGGACCAUGAGACUACAUUCCAGCUGAAGUUAAUGAACGUUGCUGAGUUUGUAAGCAGCCCUGAAAUUACCAUUCUGGUUAACCACCUGAUCUGCCAUACCGGGAAGUUAGCAAAAGAGAUAACGUUAGACCUUGAAGAGCCUGUACAGUUAACGUGUCCCCGGUCUGAGUCAGCGUAUCCCGAGGAGAGUGUCCGGUGGCGCUACAACAAUAUUUCUAGUUCGCUGAAAGUAAGUGGAAACAACCUCACAACUGAUAGUCUGAAGAGGGGGGAUCUGGGAGAAUACUUCUGUGAAACCUACAAUAUUGCCGAAAGCUGCAUGUAUACAAUCACCCUGAAAACCAGGACCGUUCCCAAGGAAGAAGAGAUGGUGAGUGAAGAGGAGACAGAAGAGCCGACAGUAGAUGACGAAGCCGCGCCAGAUGAUAUGAAAAGCAUGCCGGAUGAAAAGAUGGUGAGUGAAGAGGAGACAGAAGAGCCGACAGUAGAUGACGAAGCCGCGCCAGAUGAUAUGAAAAGCAUGCCGGAUGAAGAGAUGGUGAGUGAAGAGGAGACAGAAGAGCCGACAGUAGAUGACGAAGCCGCGCCAGAUGAUAUGAAAAGCAUGCCGGAUGAAAAGAUGGUGAGUGAAGAGGAGACAGAAGAGCCGACAGUAGAUGACGAAGCCGCUCCAGAUGAUAUGAAAAGCAUGCCGGAUGAGGAGGAGGAGGAAGAGGAGGAGAAUAUUUGCCCAAAUACCAACAACUACAAAGAAAUGAGUGAGAUGUGCAUGCAGGAAGAAUGGAAAAAGUUGGAAUGUGCCAAUGAAGACGGUGCCACCAAUAUUGGUAAAUACUCUUGUGGCAGUUUAAGUAAACGUUGUGAAAGUGAAGGGAAGAAAAAGCAGUGCUGUAAGGCUAUUUAUUGUUGGGGGCGAAAGUUGUUUUCAGAAUUUCCUGAUCUCAGAGAAGGAACAAUAUCUGAAGAAGAGACAGCGCCAAAAGAAGAAAAGGCAUCUAUAGCACAAGAAAAGUCAAAAAAGAAACGUUGCCAGGGAUCGUACAAGAAGAUGAACAGGAAGUGUUUAGAGGCGGAAUGGACAGAGAUGUCUUGUGCUAAUCAGGAUGGAGCUACUGAUACAGGGAAUAAUUCUUGUGGGAUUUGGAGUAAGAAAUGUGAAAAGAAUGGUGUGGCAUGCUGUAAGGCUAUAUUUUGUUGGGGACGAAAGUUGAGGGAAGAUUUUGCUAAUAAUGGAGAGGUAAUUCCAAAAGAGGAGAAAGUACCAGAGGAAGGGGCUCCCGACGAAAAGGAUAUUGAAGAAAAGCAAACAAAACAGAAAAAGAAACAGUGUCCGGGAGCGUACAAGAAAAUGAACAGAAAGUGCUUGAAGGAAGAGUGGACAGAGAGAUCAUGUGCCAGCGAGGAUCAGGCUAGUAACAUCGGGGAUAAUACCUGCGCUAAUUUGAGUAAGAAAUGUGACAAGAGCGCAAAGAAUGUGACGUGCUGCAAGGCUAUCUUCUGCUGGGGUCGAAAGUAUGAGGACGAUUUUCCUAGGUUAUUAAGACGAUGAAAAUCUUUAGAAAUACUGAUCUAAGGUAACACUCGAUAUGCUCCUGUCCAUAGCUCAAGAUUUGACUUUAUGACAACUUUACAUUUUAUAAACUCAUUUUUUAUUUUUUACUUCUAAUGUUUAUCAUGUUUAUAACACCUGCGUGUUCAGUAGGCUCUUCAAACC